GUCUUGGCAGCGGUAUUGAUGGUCUCUGGGGGACAUUCUCUGCUUCAUUAAUGUGCUGGUAACACAUCUGUGUGGGGUGCUGUCAGACAUGUGGCUAGAUAACACCGAAUAUUGGACUUUGUGGAUCAUAUUGUAUUGUGGCCUAGCAUCUUCACAUGGUGUGAGGAGUGGGUGUGACGGCUGUGUGAGGGAGGAGGCCCGCCGCGCUCGGCCCAACGCUCCGGUGCUCCUGCCCUGCGCCAUUCCGCCCAACGCUACCGGGUCAGCCGCGGGGGGCGACCGCGCCAAAGUGCUGUGGACUCAGUUUCCCAGAAGCACUCUGCUGGAGAUCACGCAGACAGGCCGCGUCAAUUUCAGUGAUCCCAGAGGAGGCAGGGUGAAAGUGUUCCCCAAUUUGUGCCGCGAGGGCAACUUCUCCAUCUUUAUUGAACACCUCCAACCGUCAGACGUGGGCAAGUACUGCUGUGAGCUACGCAACUACUCGAUCUGCAGUGUGGUGGAGUUCAGCACUAAUAAUGCAGAUGAACAGAAUGAGGGGGUGCACUUCAUGGAGAAGAAGGGGUUUGUAAUUGGUGGUGGAGCAGGAGGAGUCUUCUUUGUUCUUCUCAUCCUCUGUUGCUGCUGUGUUAAGUUUCGAAAUCGAGAUGAUUCUGUCCCUGAUGCCACCAGAAGCAGCUCUCAUAAAGGCAGCGAUGCUGGGGAUGUUGGGGAUGCUGAGGAUGUUGGGGAUGCUGAGGAUGCUGGGGAGAUUGUUUAUGAAAAUGAUGCCCAUGAUCCAAACAGUAUACCACAUGAGGAAUCUAAACAUCAGCAAGAAAUCAGCAGCAGCAGCAGCACAGGACAGCAGCCGCGAGCUGGGAGACCUUUUUAUGCCAAUCAGAAGGAGAUCGACAAACAGUUAGAAAAAAGGAAGAAGGUGCAUAAGCAAAAUUUUGAGAGAUUUCAGUAUGAAAACCCAAUCUAUGCUAACAGCGUUGAGCAUCUGGACCAGGUUUAGAAGAUACUUGGGAAUUGUAUCAUUGAAGAAGUCAAAAUCUGUUAAAGGGGCAGUUCACCGGAAAAUAAAAUAAUGCUAUAUUUCCACUUA